CAUAACCAUAACAGCGCGCCAUGGGCUCCGCAGCAGCGCAUGAGGAAGUGAUCUCAGCAUGGCUUUAAUUUCCUGUUCAAACGUAUCGUCAGGACGGGCAGAGGCCGUGCGAUCCGGGUGUAGGGAGGUCUGAAAGAUGCCCGUUUGUGGAUCCAUGCAUUAAGGAUUUAACCAUGUUUUUCUGGGACAGUUCGGCCGCGGGGGAAGAAGCGUUCAUAUCUGCGGCUGUGAAGACGAGCAGCGACGAGUGACUGCCAAUGGACAGCUCGGUCACCCUGUGGCAGUUCCUGCUCCAGCUGCUGCAGGACGCCAGCAACAAGCAGCUCAUCUGCUGGACCAACGAGGAGGGGGAGUUCAAGCUGCUGCGGGCCGAGGAGGUGGCCCGGCUGUGGGGCGCCCGCAAGAAUAAGCCCAACAUGAACUACGACAAGCUCAGCCGCGCCCUCCGCUACUACUACGACAAGAACAUUAUCAAGAAGGUGAAUGGCCAGAAGUUUGUCUACCGCUUCGUGUCGUACCCGGACAUGCUGACGGGGGACACCGGAGCGCGGAUGGAGGGUGGCGAGGGGGCGGCGGCUUCAGCAGGCCUCACCCCGCUGUCCGAGCAAGGGGGGCUCGACGGGGCCCCACUGGACGGUGAGCUGUGCGACCGGGACCAGAGGGCCAGAGCGGCCGGCCAGAGCUCCGGCGCGGCCAAGCAGUCCAACCGCAACGACUACAUCCACUCGGGCCUCUACACCUCCUUCACGCUCACCUCGCUGCAGAAGGGCCGGCAGCUCUUCAAGUCUAUCAAGAUGGCCGACCCGGCAGAGAAGACGGGUGACCGGAGCUCAGGGGGCCCCCCCACCCCGACCCACGCCAACGCCGCCCCCCCGGGCCCCGGGCCCCCCUCCCCUCCCACCUCGCCUCAGCAGCAGCAGCAGCAGCAGCAGCAGCCCUCGGUGUCGCCGACGGUCAUACGCUUUGGAAACGCCCAGCCCAAGCCGGCCGCGCCCUCGGACACGCCCCCUCCGCAGGUCACGGCGGAGCCCGGAGCCUCGUCCAAUCACACCAUGUAUCCCCUCCAAGCCCCUCCCCCAAGGGCGGAUGACAUCCUGGCGCACUCCUCGGCGCUACCAUCUCAGGCUGUGUUCUACUUAGAACAGCUCCGCCCCUCAGAACACCACCACCAUCACCACCACCACCAUCACACCCAUCCGCAGCAGCAGCAUAUCGGCCUAUCACAGCUGGCCUCCCGGGGCACCUCCCCCAAUCGGCUGCCUGACUCCUCCCAGGAGCUGGUGAUUGACAGCGACCUGGAGUCCAUAUCCUCUCAGUCUCAGGAGAUGAAGGCAGACAGCGGUGGCUCCAUGUCGGGGGGCGACGCCGACAGCAGCAUGUCGUCCAUCUGCGGCGGCCCCGCCUCCGCCGCCGGAAAGAUGCGCAAACCGCCGAAGGUCCUGGAGCUGAGCGCGCCCACGCUGCUGGUCACCGCCUCGGACUUCUCCCCCAUGAACAUCUGCAGCCCGUCGCUGCCCACAGCCACGCUCACGCCCGCCAUGCUGCAGACGCCCACCCUGCUGCUCACCCCCAGCCCCCUGCUGUCCAACAUCCACUUCUGGAGCACCCUCAGUCCGGUCGCCCCCCUCAGCCCGGCCACGCGGCGCCAGGGGGCCCACCUGUUCCAGUUCCCGUCCGUGCUCCCGCCGCAGUUCCAGAUCCCCGUGCACAGUCUGGACGGGACCAACACCCCGGGCCCCAUCUCCCCGGACCCCCAGAAGAUCUAGGACCGGGCCUUCAGCGGCCCACCCGGAGACGACACCAGACAUUCCCUCGCGCUUCGGGCCUGCGACACGAGACACUGACCCGAGCUGGGCUGCAGGAACACAAAUACCGCCAUGCGACGCCACCUCUUCCUCCUCCUCCUCCAACACGCCCCGCUGGUGCUCGUAAGUUGGGAUGAAGCUAAUGGCGUCGCUGACACCGAGUCCACACCUCAGUGGGGGGGGGAGACGUGAACUGUCUGUCAACGUCCGUCACCACCACUGGACCUCUUGGUUCUCAGGACGGCACUUACAGAAGAACAUCAUUCCCCGGUCAUAGUAUCGGAUUACUUUCUCAUGGCUCGCCACCAACAAAAGAAGACGUAAUGCGAUCCAUUGCAGUGGUCAGUUCAGUUGUGAUUGGGACACUGAGUUGGGCUUUUGAUGAAGAACAUGGUUUGACUGGAAGCCGGUCAUCGCUGUCCACACCCGAACCCCACCUUGUUGUUUGUGCGUUUGUGUGUACUGUUGAACGGCAUGUCUGCGGAGAACAACCUGCUCUCUCAAGUGUAAUCCCCAAGUUCAAACGGCAAGAGGAUCCAAUUGUUCUUUGUGGGACAUGCAAGUUAUGCUCAUAAUGCACCGAACAAUCAACUCCAUUCACAGCAUAAUCCACAACUGAAGUGACAUGAUUUCAUGUCAUGAGUUUUAGACUCCUUCCUAUAUUAUUUUUAUAACUGUGUUGUUUUGUAAUUGUUAUAAUUGUGCUUUGGUUAAAAUGUGUGUUUUACCAGCUGACCUUAACCUUCCCACUAUGCCCUUGCUAAAGGGCAGAACUUGAUUGUCCUACAUUGUAUCUAUGUACCUAUGUAUCGUUUUAUGUACAGUCUUUACUCUGAAGUUAAAUGUCAAAACGUUGCCAAGGUUGGCUGCCUUCAGCACAGCAGUCAAAACUGGCUUUAUAUUCGACCAUGGCCCAAAUCCAGCUGAUCUUGUUCACUAAAAGCAGUUGAAGAUGCGUUAUUCGUAGCACUUAAAGUCAAUUAAGCAAGCAAGGAAUCGAAUUAACCCCCUUAUUUUGUGUGUAUUUCUCUCUCUCUCUCGCUCUCUCUAUCUCUCUCUCUCUCUCUGUGUGUGUAUAAAUAUGUGUUUUUUUUCAGUGAAUUUUCUCUGGUUUGCAACAAAGAAUCUGUGGUGCUGCCCUUUUCUUAAGCACUUAACGAUUACACGCACCAGGAAUAAGAUCAAAUCUCGCUGUUUCUGACCUGAUAGUAGACGUGAUGUUUAAUGGAUGGUCCCUACCUACCUUAUGUACAGAAGAGUGCCCUGUGUGUCUCCUGAGCUCUCAGGUAUUGCAUCAGAGACCGUGGAAAGCCAUAUCCCCCUACUACUAAACCUUAACCAAAAACCUGGAGAGCCCUGGCGGGGGGCUCGCAUCUCGACUGCCUAGCCUUAACCUCUCCCCCCUCCCCUGGGGGUCUUUAACCACCGGACCCCCGCCCUGAGGACUGUUUCCGCUCUCCGGAGACCCGUUUUGAAAUGGUCUCCAUGCCAUUUGUAUACCGGUGGAUAUUAUUGAGCCAUUACCGAUGUGUGUCCCUUUAUUAGCGUCUCUGUCCAGGCCCUGUUUGUAGCGUGUUUAGAGCCAUCGAUGUCAGUCUGUUCCUGUAUGUAAGUGGUUGUUUACAUGCAAUGCUUGCACAUGAUCAUACGUGACCCUAACCAUUGAUCCAGCCCAGGAAAAACGAUUACCAGCAACCAUUUUUCUUCCUCCAAUUAUAUAAAAUCCCCCCCCUCCCCCCCUUAAGCCUACUAUCUGUUAUGCAGAUGGGUGCCUUAACACAGACUUUCUCCCAAAGCGACAUCCCGAACCCCUAUAUAGUGUAGUUCCUCUGAUCAAAUUGCCAUGGAAGAGUUUAUUGACAACCUAUAUUUGUAUGUUAUUGUCUAUUAGGUUGUUCAUAUGGCACACACAUGUUGUUGCUUCGACCAAACCAGAACCAGUGGACCUGGUCCCUUUUUCUGGUUCUUUCCAGCAGAAAUAGGCAAUUACCUUCAUACAACACAGCUCAUGUGUUGUGCACUUAACGGAUCAAUUGUUCAGCAAUAUGCCUGCAGCAUACUUCCAUAAUGAAGAUUCAUGUCCCUGCCCCCCUUAUCUCCUGCAUUUAUCUGUGUGGUGAUACAUGUACUCUUUUUUUUAUUUUAUUAUAAUUUCAUAAUAACGUUUUUUGAAUCAAAACUGUGUGUGUCUUGGUGUUUUGGUUUUGUAAAGCCCAGCUAGGGAAGUGGUGGCUCUGCAAGGGUUUCUGUUGCCAGUCUUAACUCUCUGAUGUGCGGCCGUGUUGUCAGCUUGUGUUUUCCUGAAUGUCAUGUUGAUGGUGUGAGAGUAGCCACAGGCUUCUGAAGGGGAGAUGUAGGUCUCCCGGCGGCCGUGACUCAAACCUCUCUCAGUCCUUUUGUUCCGGCUCUCUUUAGACUGUUUUGAUGCUGUUAGCUUGCUAUCCUACAUAUUGUAAAUGCAGCGUUCGGAGCGUUUACACUUGAUAUUUUGGGAUUCCUGUAGUAUUGGAUUUGAAUCACUUUUUCUAGAAGUUAAAGAAUGUAUUCAUGUUAAACGAUGCUGUUGGUAGAUUUUGACAUUGGAGCCAGAAGUAUACCAUCCAAACCAAUGCAGGCUAUAAAUAUGCACAAAGAACUUUAUACGCUAAAGAUAAACGUUCAAAUUCAACUUUUUAUAAAAAUGUUACCGUAUAGAUUUACAUUGACACGUUGUGUAUGGCCGGAAACAAGCUUUGACCUAUUUUAUCUAUUUAAAUAAAAUUGUUAGAUUAUAUUGUACUAUUGCAUUAUAUUUAAAAGAAACGAUCAAAUAGCCGUAAGAUGAUUAUGAUACCUAUCUUCAAUGCCCGUUCUGUUGUACAAAGUGCAUGUUUGAUUCAAUAAUAUAGUUGACUGUUCAUAUUUCCGUGAACUUUCCCUUUUUCGAUGUAAAAAACAAGAAAAGUUUUACAUUUGUUGAAAAGAAAUUACUUCAUUACUUUUGUCCAGUUCUCUUUCUUGUUCAGUUUUAAAUGUUUACCAGCUGACGUGCCAUAUUGACAUGUGCGUGAAAAGGAGCAGUUUGGCUAUUUCUACUCUAUAUGAGUGAUUAAACACAAGUUCUCAGCCA